AUGCGUCUCUCAAUUCAACGGUUCGCGGCCGCUUGGCUCCUCGCUGUAGCUCCAUUUGCGGCGGGAUUGGCCUCUACUGACAGCAUUUCUGAUGCGGACCCCGCGCAAUCAGGGUAUCUACCCAAUCACAACAUGGAUCCGGCUGUGGUGGACAGUUCUGAGUUUGGGCAGCUAUGGAAGAUUGCUUUCAACUACCAAGAACAGUUCUACGCAAAACCAUUGGUCUAUACACCACCUUCGACCGGGGUACAAAUAGUUUUUCUGGCAUCGUCUCAAAAUUAUAUCAGAACCCUCAACGCAAAGACGGGUGAUAUUCUGAAUGUGCGGCAGGUACAGACACCAUUUCUGCAAGCAGAAAUUGGCUGUACCGAUAUUCCUAACUACAUUGGUAUCACCGGAACCCCAGUCAUUGACCCCAACACGGAUACAGCGUACUUCUUCGUUAAGACUUACAUUCCAAACUUCAGAGCUUCUGGAAAUACUGGCGUAUUCAAUGGCGUUUACUACUUUUACGCCGUUAACGUUAAUACUUUGGAAGAUGUUGAAGGCUAUCCCAUCCUCGUCGAUGGGUCUGUAGCUGAUAACGACCCCUUGAAAUAUUUCAUUGGGGGCGUCAUUCUGCAACGCCCAGCCUUGACUCAGAUUGGCAGCUAUGUAUAUGGAGCAUUUGGUGGCCACUGCGAUCUCUUCAACUACACCGGGACAGUGAUUGGCGUCGAUAUUACGCAAAAGAAAAUCAUAACCAAUUUCGCCACCGAAGCUGGACCUCUUUCCGGACACGACACGAAUUGGCAAGACAACGGCGGUGGCGGUCAAGGCGGAAUCUGGAUGAGUGGCAUGGCCAUGGCAACUGAUGGGGCGCGAAUGUUCUUUGUCACAGGGAAUGGUCAGGGGCAUGAGAACUCUGGAACUCCUGCGUCUGGAAGCAGCGGGUGCCGUACGCUCGGUGAAGCAGUGGUUAACAUUGGAGUUGGGGACGGUGGAAAAGUCUCUUUAACGGACUAUUUCCAGCCCUACAAUUACAUUGGAAUGGAUGGCGAUGACCAGGAUUUUGGCUCUGGUGGCAUCUGUCUCUUGGAUUCCACUGUUUUCCAGGGAACUGGUGUAUCUCGCAUUGGCGUAACUGCUGGUAAAAACGGUAAAAUCUACAUUGUCAAUGCCGACAAUCUCGGUGGCUAUAAGCUAGGACCCGGUCAGACGGACAAUGUGCUUCAAGUUAUUGACAACGAAAAACCGGUUUUUGGCGGCUCUGGUUCGUAUCCACUUGAGGGUGGAUAUAUCUAUACCACUCCGGUGGGAUAUCCUACGUAUGUCUACAAGCUGGGGUUCGACUCUACUGGAAAACCAGUCUUUUCCUCAGUAGCGCAAACGCGGGAGUCGUCUGCUGGCCGAGUAGGAGUCGGCAUUCCUACGAUCACAACAUUCCAAGGCAAGGCGGGCACGGCCAUUUUGUGGAUGUGCGACCCAGAUGCAGGACUCCGCGCAUGGUACGCAGUUCCGGGGUCGGAUGGCUAUUUGAAAACCAUCAACUUGCCUCAGGUGAACGGCCUUAACAAGUUUCAAAGGCCUGCGUUUGGAGACACGCGGCUCUAUGUGACAGACGCAAACGGUGUCUUAUACUGUCUUGGAUCUCCAGUCAACCUUCCCCUCAAUUGCACCUCGCCUGUUUCAUUUGGAGAUGUAGCGCUCGGAUCCUCCAAGACGGCGACAGUCACCUGCACAGCCAUUAUUGACAUUACCGAAGUCAUUGGCGCCACGACCGGAGACCCUUCUUGGACUGUAAAUAAUGCAACUUUGCCUCAGGGUGCAGUCAAGGCGGGAACGGUGUUCACAUUUCCCGUUACGUGGGAUCUUACCCACACCUCUGUUUCUAAUGCGCCAAAUGCGAGCUUUCCAAAUGUCUCCCCCGGUGUGAAGAGCACCGCGCUCACUCUGCUGACUGAAAACGCGGUGCUUGGCUACGCGUCAGUCUUUCCCAUCAGUUUGACAGGCGAGGAAGUGAGCGAAGCGGCUUACUUAUCCCUAACUCCCGUUAACAUUGCUUUUGGAGGACUGGUUUUGAAUGACAGCAGUGACACCGGCGAUACGAUUACGAUGCCAUUCUCCAUAGCCAAUGUUGGUCUCUCCCCAUUGACCAUUUUCGGUUACGGUUAUACGACGGAGGACUUGGAUGAUGAUGAUGUCGAUUAUACGAAUGCUACUCAAGGUGAUGAUGGGGUCUGGGAUCUUGGUUAUGGUUUCACAUCAUUAAACCUACCUGAUGUCGGCACUGUCAUUCAGCCUCAGCAGUCCAUAGUCGUCCAAGUCACUUUCGAGCCACUGAAUGGGACAGGGCUCUAUCAGAGUUGGCUCAAUGUAUGGACCAACGGUGGUUCUUCCUAUACCGUGUUUGAAGCAUCGGCUUCAACUGCGCCCAUCGCGGUAAUGACAAUCAGCAAUGGCGAAGGUGGAUGGUUACCACCAACCAAUGUGCUUAUGGACUUUGGUAGUGUUGCCCCAGGAGGCAAUGCCACUCGUGUGAUACAAAUUUGCAACGAGGGUGGCUCAGUUCUCACAAUUUCCAAGUCAAAGCCUCCGCUGGGAGUGAUCCGGGCGACGGCGGCAGGCAUUGAUCUCCAUGAGACCCAGACCAUACCUGUAAAUGAGUGCGCUACCGGAACUGUCAUGUUCGCUCCCAACAUUGAGCCGCCAAAUGUGCCUGACUUCACAGUCACAAACACUUGGACUCUGAAUACUGAUGAUCCGAACUUUGGCGUCCAUGUUGUGCAGAUCCAGGGCGUGGUGCAUGAUAGGAUAAUUGGACCUACCCUUGCCAAUGGUUCCGCUCGAUAUCUCUACCUUGGAUGCUACCAGGACGGCACAAAUGGUCGUUUGUUACCCCAAGAGCCAUAUGAAAGCCAAGAUAAUACAAACGACCUUUGUCAAACGACUUGUCUGUCGCAAGGGUACAUUUUCGCCGGAACCGAAUAUCAAGAUGAAUGCUGGUGUGGCAAUAAUCCUCCCCCAUCUUCAUUGUUCCAUGAUGAAAGUGAAGCUCUGUGCACUUUUGCCUGCGCUGGUGAUGCCAGUGAAGCGUGUGGAGGCGUUGGAGGUUACAUUAGCAUCUACUACGACUCAACCAAAUAUACGCCCGGCUCCAACGUGGGACCUUCGGGACCUAUCGUUGUACCUUCGGUUGCAAAUUACAUCUCGAUUGGAUGCUACAGUGAGGGCACUAAUGGUCGAGCUUUGACUGGCAAUGCGCCAGCAGCUCCAGCCGGUGGCAUGACGAUCGAGGCGUGUGAAACCGCUUGCGCGGGAUACGUGUACUUUGGUGUUGAAUAUGGUGGGGAAUGUUACUGCGGGAACACGCUUAAUGCUGGCUCAGCACCGGUUGCAGGUGAUGCAGCGACGAGUGGCUGCUCGAUGACUUGCGCUGGUAACAACACUGAAUAUUGCGGCGGGCCAAAUCGGCUUAAUAUGUACCAAACAAAUGGCACUGCUACUUCCACCUCGUCUGGCGCGCCAUCUGGUCCUACCGCGACUGGGCCUGUCACUGUCUCUCGUGCUGCUAACUUUAUGUCUCUCGGCUGCUACACCGAAGGAACCAACAGCAGAGCACUGACUGGCAAGGCAAGUGCCGGAAACGCCAACACAGUUGAGUCUUGUGCGACAUCUUGCUCAGGGUUCACUUAUUUUGGUGUGGAGUACAGUGAUGAGUGCUACUGCGGCAACCAAUUAUCUACUGGAUCCCUGCCUGCAACGGAUAAUGGCUGCACUAUGACAUGUGCAGGGAAUUCAACAGAGUAUUGUGGUGGACCGAAUCGCCUCAAUAUGUAUAGAGUGAAUGGCACUGCAACGUCGACCUCUUCUGGCACAACUUCUGGUCCUACCCCUACUGGCCCGGUGACUGUCCCUGUUGCUGCUGGCUUUGUUUCUCUUGGUUGCUAUACUGAAGGAACAAACAGUAGAGCACUGACUGGAGAAGCGAGUGCUGGAAACACUAAUACAGUGGAGUCCUGUGCCAGCUCUUGCGCAGGAUUUAGCUAUUUCGGUGUUGAGUAUAGCGAUGAAUGCUACUGCGGUAACCAGCUAUCCACUGGUUCCAUCCCUGCGACUGAUAACGGAUGUACAAUGACAUGUGCAGGAAACUCUACAGAAUACUGUGGUGGUCCGAAUCGACUGAAUAUGUAUAGGAUAAACGCAACCGCUUCAUCAGGCAGUUCGACUACGGCUACGGGAACCACUUCGCCUACUUCAGGACCGACGGGGCCGAUUAUUGUGCCAGGCAACGCUCUUUUUGCAUACAGCGGCUGCUAUGCUGAACCAAAUGGAGGUCGAGCUUUGCCAAAUCUGAUUGCAGCUACGGACACCAUGACUGUGGAGCAGUGCCUUGGAUCAUGUGCAGCAUAUGAAUACGUCGGUAUAGAAUACGGCCGCGAAUGUUGGUGUGGAAAUAGUCUCAAUACGGGCGCAUUGAAAGCGGCUUCCAGUGACUGCAGCAUGACUUGCAGUGGCAACAGCACUGAAAUAUGUGGUGCUGGCAACCGGCUAAGCCUGUAUCAGGCCAAACCAGCAGCACUGAGCUCCAACUUUGCAAGCGGCAGCAGCACUAGUAAUGCCACCGGCAGUGUUUCAUCCUUUAGUGGAACUGUCACGUCUCAAGCAAUCUCUGGCGCAAGCACUGGCUCCAGUUUUACGCCGUCAAGUACCGUCAGUUCUACCGUCCUUUUUUCAAGCAUCAAGACCUCCUCAGGGACACCGAAUUCGACCUUUCCAAUCACUUCCUCGUCUCUAUCCACUAUUACAUCUUCAAGCUCGUCUGCAGUAUCUAACUCCGGAGUAUCUUCGGCGUCAGUUACUGCUCAUCCUUCGUCCUCCACGCCACAAUCCGGCACAAAUAGUACAAUUUCGAGCGCACAGUCAAGUUCCAGUGGAUCUACAUCGUCUCGCCCGUUGUCAUCCAGCUCAGGCUCGAGCAGUAUCACAUCUUUGCCCACCUUGAGUAGUCACAGUUCUUCGAGCAGUGCUUCUAGUACGGGAAGUAGUUUUGCCUCUGGAAGUAGUAACUCAACAUUACAUAGCUCUGUUACAAUCACUAGCUCGUCUGCGUCAUCGACGACUUCUGGAGGCGGGUCUUCCAGCUCGCACAGUUUGUCAAGUUCUUCCGCGUCUUCAUCCAUCCGGGCAUCUUCUGGCUCCUCCUCGUCGAGCGGUUCCGCAACGCUUUUGUCUUCGACUGCCUCCGGAAAUCAUACUUCAAAUGCUGCAAGCUCGACGCACACCUCUUCCGCGGGUUCGAGCCUGUCUAGCUCAUCGUCAACUCGCAUUUUGUCGAGUUCUUCAACUCAUUCUAGUAGCACCAGCUCAACUGUGACCGGCUCCGCCAAACCGAAAGCUUCUGCGUUGCUUGCAACGCCCGCUGUGUCAACUGCUUCCAUUUCGAGUCCAGCAAACUCCUCAGCAGCUUUGUCCUCUAGCUCAGGCACGGUGUCAUCAUUCUCGACGAUUUUGCCUACAUCAAGUUUCUCUACAAAUUCGUCUGUUACAUCUUCGUUUUCCCAGACCACGACAUCGUCGGGCUUGCGAUCAAGCUCAAGCGUUAGCUCGUCUUCUGCCGGAUCAUCAAGUACAUCAUCUAGCUCAUCUAGCUCAUCGAUCAGUUCCUCGAGCAGCCAGUCGAGCUCAGCCAAUUCAACUACGGAGUCUGUGUCAAGCUCUACAGCUGGAAGCAGCAGCAGCAGCAGCUCUGCUCUCGUUUCAUCUUCGUCAAGCUCGCCAAGCUCCAGCAGCACUCCAUCCUCUUCUACGUUCUCAACGCUCACCACUUCUUCUGCGUCUUCCACGUCUUCUAGUUCCUCCAUCUCCUCUUCGUCCUCCGCUCCAACGUUUGCACCUACUCCUGGGCAGACCAUCGGCGCAUGGGUAUACCUUGGCUGCGCUAAUGAGACCAGUCCUCGCGCACUGGUUGGCGCCACGUUUUCCAACGCCACUGGCAUGACAAACGAGGCGUGUCAGGACUUUUGCUCUAGCAACAAGUACAAUUACGGUCUGGCCGCUACUGAAAAUGGCACCGACUGCUAUUGUGGUAAUAAUCUGCAAUCGUACUCUGCGCUCGGCCAGACGGGUUGCUCUCAAGCUUGUUCGGGCAACUCGUCCGAACUGUGCGGCGGCAAAGACCGUCUCAGCGUGUACAAUUUAACGUCGUACAUCCCUCCGACUACUGUUAAGGCCGCAGGAAGCUACGUCUACAAGGGGUGCUUUACGGAUAAAUCUCUCACGGACCACCACUACACCAACACGACCGGCAUGACAGUUGAGUCUUGCGUCGAAUACUGCCAGUCCCAAGGCUCCGAUUACGCGGGUCUAGAAGAUUCCCAAGAAUGCUACUGCGCGGGAUCAAUUGCCACUUCAGCAUCUCAAGUCGACGAUGCACAAUGCGAUAUGUUGUGCACCGGGAAUUACAGAGAGUUUUGUGGCGGGCCGACUGUUCUCGGAGUCUAUUACAAUGACCCUACGUCACUCUCGGACGAUGGCACACCAAAGAGCAUUAACGACGAUAAUUAUGCUACGGUCAAGGCAAAUACCACCCUGCCCAGCAGCUCCAGCAAGUUGAGAUUCAGAAGAUAUGAGAGCAGAAACCGCGCCGUGAGAGAGAGGAUCAUGGGAGAGUCGUGA